UGUGAAUGCAGCAUCGGGGACAUCACUGCCAGUAGAAGGAGCUCUUCAGGCUUACCUAAUCCAAAAGCCAAACAUACACAAACAUGGCGAUAUCACAAGCAGGCAAGAUGCAGUCCUCCCUUCGGUGGUCGUUAUAUUUAUUAGUCCUCUGGGUUGCAGAAAUAAAUUCGUCGACCCUCCGUCUUCACCCGGAGCAGCGCUACAUGCUGCCGCAAAACAGAGGAUUUUUCACAAUAGAAGCAAAUGAGGAUUUAGCAGACGGAGAUGGAGGAGGCGCAGCGGCUCCAGCGCUGCCGCUGGCCGCUCGUAGUGCCGCUGAAGGCGGGUCGGACUUCGGCGCCUACCCGCAUCAUCGAACCCGCCGGAGCACUGGAGAAUCUACUAACGUUAUGCCAAAGGUGUACGGGCAGGCCAACCUGAACGACUCUCAUAACCAGAUGGUGGUCCACUGGGCUGGAGAGAAGAGCAACGUCAUCGUAGCCUUGGCCAGAGACAGCGCAGGAGCCACCGGGCCCAAAACCAGCUCUGUCUAUGUGUCCAAUGACUAUGGGACCACUUUUACGCUCGUUUCAGACAAGUUCCAACUUUCAGGGGUCAAGGCCAAGGACGGCAGCAAGCAGGUCAUCUCCCAGUUCUACCACAGCCCUGCAGACAACAGGAGGUACCUUUUUGUAGACUCCACCAACAACUACCUGUGGAACACCUUUGACUUCUGUAAGAGCGUCCAGGGCUUCUCCCUGCCCUUCAAACCGACAGACCUGCUGCUCCACAGCAGAAGAUCCAACCUGGUUCUUGGCUACGACAGCUCUCACCCAAACAAACAGCUGUGGAAAUCAGACGACUUUGGGGAGACAUGGGUGUUGAUCCAAGAGCACGUGAAGACCUACUUUUGGGGCGUGGAGCCCUACGACCCCCCGACCACAGUGCUGGUCCAGAGGCACGAGCCCCAGGGUGUCUCCACUAUCCUCAGCAGCACCGACUUCUUCCAGAGUGAAUUGAACCGCAGAGUGAUCUUAGAGCAGGUCGACAGCUUCCAGCUCCGAGACAAGUACAUGUUCGCCACGACCACACGGAAACAGUUUGGCAGCCACGAAGCUUCAUCUGUUCAGCUCUGGGUCUCCUACAACCGCCAGCCAAUGAAAGCUGCCCAGUUUAUGACCCGACAUCCAAUCACAGAGUACUACAUAGCAGAUGCGUCGGAGGACCAAGUGUUUGUGUGUGUGAACCACCUGAACAACGUCACACACCUCUACAUCUCAGACACACAGGGCCUGGCCUUCUCUCUGUCACUGGAGAAUGUUCUGUACUACAGUCCUGAGGGCUCCGGCAGCAACACACUGAUCAGGUACUUUGCCAGUGAGCCUUUCGCAGACCUGCACCGUGUGGAGGGGCUGCGAGGAGUCUUCAUUGCCACGCUCAUCAACGGCUCGGUCAGCGAGGACAACAUGCGAUCCGUCAUCACUUUCGACAAGGGAGGGACGUGGGAGCUGCUUCAGCCGCCUGCUGCCGACAGCCUGGGAGGAACUGUGGACUGCCAGCUCAGUAAAGGUUGCUCUCUCCACCUCGCCCAGCGCUGGAGCCAGCUGUUCAACAUCCAGCUGAGGAGGAUGCCCAUUUUAUCCAAGGACUCUGCACCAGGACUCAUCAUGGCCACAGGAUCUGUAGGCAGGAACUUGGCCAACAAGCCUAAUGUGUAUGUAUCCAGCAGCGCUGGAGCCCGGUGGAAGGAGGCACUGGCAGGUCCUCAUUUCUACACCUGGGGCGACCAUGGUGGCAUCCUGAUGGCUAUUGCACAAGGAGGCGCCACCACACAUCUAAAAUUCAGCACCAAUGAAGGCGAGAGGUGGACCGACUUUCAGUUCUCAGACAGGGAGGUGUACGUUUACCAGCUGCUGACUGAGCCCGGGGAGAAGAGCACCAUCUUCACCAUCUUUGGCUCCUACGCCGACCAGAGACACAGCUGGCUCAUCCUGCAGGUCAACACCUCAGAAGUUCUGGGUGUGCCGUGUUCUGAGGCUGACUACAAGCGCUGGUCUCCAUCAGAUGAGCAUGGUAACGAGUGUCUGUUGGGCCGAGAGAUAACGUUUAAGAGACGAGCUCCCCACGCUACAUGUUUUAACGGGGAGGACUUUGACCGGCCCGUCACCAUCUCUAACUGCUCCUGCACACGCCAGGACUACGAAUGUGACUACGGCUUCAAGCUGAGUGAAGACUUGUCUCUGCAGGUGUGUGUGCCUGACCCUGAGUUCUUAGGCGACCUCUAUGCUCCCCCAGUGCCAUGUCCUGUCGGCACCACCUACCGCCGCAGCAAAGGCUACAGGAAGGUACCAGGCGACAGCUGUAGUGGAGGAGAUGUGGAGUCCAGACUGGAUGGAGAGAUGCUGCCUUGUCCCGUCGGAGAGAGUAACGAGUUCAUCCUGUACGCGGUGAGGAACUCCAUCCAUCGCUACGACCUGGCCACAGGCACAGAUCAGGCCCUGCCUCUGGCCGGCCUCAGGGAGGCGGUGGCUCUGGACUUCGACUAUGACAGGAACUGCCUGUACUGGGCUGACAUCUCACUGGACACCAUACAGCGUCUGUGUCUGAACGGCAGUACAGGUCAGGAGGUUAUAGUAAGGAAAGAUCUGCAGAAUGUGGAGGCUCUGACCUUUGACCCCAUCAGUAGACUGCUGUACUGGGUUGACGCUGGGGCGCAGAAAAUUGAGGUGUCUAACCCUGAAGGCGACCUGCGUCACACUCUGCUCAACUCUUCUAUCCUGGAACAUCCCAGAGCUCUGGUUCUGCUGCCUGGAGAGAGUCUGAUGUUCUGGACUGACUGGGGAGACCGAGCAGCUGGUGUUUACCGGAGCUACAUGGAUGGGACCAAUGUGUCCUGCAUCGUGUCCGAGGGCGUCCGCUGGCCCAAUGGGAUCACAGCUGACGACCACUGGCUGUACUGGACUGAAGCGUACAGCGACCGCAUCGAGAGGGCCGACUUCACCGGGGGCCAGAGGAGCGUUCUCAUGGAGGGGCUGCCCCACCCGUACGCCAUUGCUGUCUUCAAGAAUGACCUGUACUGGGACGACUGGUCCAGAAUGGGGAUAUUCAAAGCUCCAAAAGCUGGUUCCCAGAGCAAUGAGCUCAUUGUUGGCAGACUAACCGGAGUCAUGGACCUCAAGAUCUUCUAUAAGGGGAAGAACAGGGGCCAUAAUGCCUGUGCCGACCAGCCAUGCAGCCUGCUGUGUCUGCCUCAGCCCGGCCACCGACACACCUGUGUCUGCCCAGACAGUUCCCCGACUGUAACCAUGCCCAAUGGAGAGCUGCAGUGCCAGUGUCCCACAGGCUACCAGCUCCAAAACGACUCCUGCGUCAAGACUGAGCACAGCUGUUUGCCCAACCAGUACCGUUGCUCUAACGGCCGCUGCAUCAGCAGCAUCUGGAAGUGUGACAGCGACAAUGACUGCGGAGACAUGAGUGAUGAACAGGAAUGUCCCACUACGACCUGUGACCCAUCCAACCAGUUCCGCUGCGUGGCCUCGGGUUCCUGCAUCCCCCUGGCCUUCAAAUGUGACCAUGAAGAUGACUGCGGAGACAACAGUGAUGAGGACCACUGUGAGUCUCAUCAGUGUGGCCCAGGAGAGUUUACAUGUGCACGAGGUGUUUGUAUCCGCGAGGCAUGGCGCUGUGAUGGAGACAAUGACUGCAGAGACUGGUCAGAUGAGGCCAACUGCACAGUGGGCCACCAUACAUGCGAGGCCAGUAGCUUCCAGUGCCACACAGGUCACUGUAUACCACAGCGCUGGAUGUGUGACGGUGAUGACGACUGCCAGGAUGACUCCGAUGAAGACCCCCGAUAUUGUGAAGGAACUCGGUGUAAUGGCUUCCUCUGCUCCAAUCACACCUGCCUUCCAGCCACCGCACACUGCAACGGGAUCCAGGAGUGUUCAGACGGUGCUGAUGAGCACAACUGCGACCCCCUGUGUACUCGCUACAUGGAGUUUGUCUGUAAAAACCGAGCCCAGUGUCUGUUUCAGUCGCUGGUUUGUGACGGGAUCAAACACUGCGAAGACGGAUCUGAUGAGGACGCCGAGUAUGCUGGAUGUGCCACGCCAUCUGAGUUUGGCAAAGUGUGUGAUGCCUACACCUUCCAGUGUGCCAACGGAGUGUGUGUGAGCCUGGAGUGGAAGUGUGACGGCAUGGACGACUGUGGGGAUUACUCUGAUGAAGCCAACUGUGCUGCUCCCACUGAGGUCCCAGGCUGCUCCAGGUAUUUCCAGUAUGAGUGUAGAAAUGGGCGCUGUAUUCCAACGUGGUGGAAGUGCGACGGGGAGAACGACUGUGGGGACUGGUCUGAUGAGGCCCAGUGUACAGGUGGUGUUACCCCUCACACUGUAGCCCCUGGUCCCUCUACUUGUGCCCCCAACCGCUUCCACUGUGGCUCUGGAGCUUGUAUCAUCAACACCUGGGUGUGUGACGGCUACGCUGACUGUCCUGAUGGCAGCGAUGAGCUGGGAUGUCCCACAGCUAACGGCUCUGUGACGCUGGCUCCAGUACCCACCCAGGCCCCUCCUCCCCAGCCCUCCCCUGGUCGCUGCAGUCGGGGUCAGUUCCUGUGUCGCCGACCCCCCCGCUGCAUCCCCGACUGGCAGCGCUGUGACGGCCAGCUCCACUGCCAGGACGGCUCUGAUGAAGCCCACUGCCCCACUCGUGGGCCUCUGUUCUGCUUUAACGGGACUCGCUGUUCUGAUGGUGAAGCCUGCGUACUGGACAGUGAGAGAUGUGAUGGCUUCCUGGACUGCUCUGACCACAGCGACGAGGACAACUGCACCCUGGACACCCUUGCCUAUAAAGUCCAGAACCUCCAGUGGACACCAGACUUCUUGGGUGCCAUCACACUGACCUGGUCUCGCCCCAAAAACCUUCCUCUGGACUCCUGCUACUUCCUCAUUUACUACAGGCUCGUGGGCACCCAGCAGUGGACCAUUAUGGACACUCACAGCAACAAGACCAGCUACAAACUGACCGUGCUGAAACCAGACACCACCUACCAUGUCAAGGUGCUCACUCAGUGUCUCAGCAAGCUGCAUAAGACCAACGAGGUGAUCACAGUCAGGACACCAGAGGGACUGCCCGACCCACCCAGGAACCUGCAGCUGUCUUGUGAUAACGGGGAGGAUGGGACGGUGGACGUUUCCUGGAGUCCUCCUGACAAAGGACAUGGCUCCAUCAGAGAAUACAUUGUUGAGUACAGUGAGCGAGGAGCUCUUGAUUGGAUGUCACAGAGAUGCACCACAACCAACGCUGAGGUGAAGGAGCUGCAGCCAGACACUCUGUACAGGUUCAGGGUGGCAGCAGUGACCAGUCGAGGUGUGGGCAACUGGACCGAGGUUAAGUCCAUCACCCCCAAGAAAGCUCUGCCUCCUCCCUCUGUGAUCGCUGACAGCAUCACAGCAAACUCCAUGAGCCUUUCAUUCAGCUUCAACUCCCAGUAUGAGGUGAAACAGUACAAAGUGAUUCUCUCCUGGCAGUUUGACACCCACGUCAAGGAGAGCAAGAACUACACAGUCAGCGAGAGGAUCCUCAAAGCUACAAACCUGACAGCAGGGACGAUGUAUGAGGUGGCCGUGUGGGCUCACACCAGUAUAGGAGACAGUCCCACCGCCCUGUCCCAUCAUCAGACCACUGGCACCCAGCCAGACCGGCCUCUCCUCAAAGCACGGGCCCUCAACCAGACUGCUGUGGACUGCAGCUGGACCAUCAGCAGACCCCCUGCUCAGAUGUAUGGUGUGUUUUAUGCCACCUCCUUCCUGGACCUGUACCGCAGUCCUCGUCAGGUCUGCACCACUUCUCUCAGCCUGACAGUCACAGUAGACAGCGAUGAACAGUAUCUCUUCCUGGUGCGUGCUGUCACUCCCUUCCUGGGUCCUCCCUCUGACUACGCUGUGACGAAAAUGAUUCCCAACGAGAGGCUGCCCCCCAGAAACCUCCAUCGUGUGCGAGUAGACAAGACACAGGCCACGCUGAAGUGGCAGCCGCCCUACGACGCCCCAAACACACCUCUGACAUAUGCGAUCCACGUUAGGGACGUGAUCCGUAAGGUGGAACGGGACUACAAGCUGACCACCCAGAACAACACAGUAGAGUACCUGCUGAAAGGCUUGGAGCCCGGAGGACGAUACAGCAUCUCAGUCCGCCUGCGCAACAUGAGCAAGGAGGCCAGCUUUACUCUCAGCACAGUUCCUCUUCCGGCUCCUGAAGCCCUGAAGAUUUUGACAGAGAAAGACCACGUGUUCCUCUUCUGGAAGAGUCUGGCUGUCAGAGAGAAGGGCUUCAAUGAGAGCAGGGGGUAUGAAGUGCAUGUGUAUGACAGUGUAACCAACCAGACGUCCUACCUGGGAAACACGACAGAAACCUAUUUCCGCAUCAGCAGCCUGCUGGUGGCACACAACUACACUUUCUCUGUGCAGGCCCGCUGCCUGCUCAACGGUCAGCUGUGUGGGGAGCCCGCACUACUGCUGUAUAACCAGCUGACAGCAGGGGCCAGUGAUGCCUCCCGCAGUGAGGGUCACUCAGGAGACAUGGCGGCGGUGGUGGUCCCGGUCCUCUUCCUGCUGCUGCUCGGAGUGUGUGGCGGCUUGGUGGCGCUCUACCUCCGACACCGCCGACUUCAGAACAAUUUUACUGCCUUCGCAAACUCCCAUUACAACUCGCGCCUGGGCUCUGCUAUCUUCUCCUCCGGGGAUGAACUGGGUGAUGAUGAUGAAGAUGCUCCAAUGAUCAGCGGCUUCUCAGACGAUGUUCCCAUGGUCAUCGCGUAGCAAGACGUCCCUUCAUUACCUAUUUCUCUCUUCCCUUCUCCACUUGUCUUCUUCCGCACCCACUCCCCUUUAUCUGCAUCACUCCCUAUCAGUGGCGCGGUACGAUGGAGUGAAGAGGAAACAGGCGGAAACGCCAUCCCAAAUCCGUCAAUGGGAAACCACACUGAUUAGCAGGAAACAUGAAGAAAAAUUGAAAAGUGUAAAGAGAGAAAGAGAUAUUUUUCAAAUAUACAAUGCACUUUUUUUGGAUGCGCAAUAACUUAUUUUUUAUAAUAUUAAAUAUAUAUAUAUAUAUGGGGUCAGAAAAGGACUGUGAGGAAGAGGUGGACACUGAAGCAAACUGUGAAGGAUUUGAGUUUGUCGAGCGCGCCAGGGAAAGAGAGACCCUAUUUGUAAUGCAAACUCACUAUCCAUAGGAGCGGUUCAUUGCUUAAAGCCAAAAUAAGCAUCCAGAGACUGAAAUAUAGAAUGCAAAAAACACACACAUUGAAAAAAAAUACAAAUAUAUAGACAAAUGCUGUAUACAGUAUGUACAAAUAGAAAAUAUCGGAGCAGUAAUAGUUACAUAUUUUGGUAAUAGUACCGUGUGUACUAUAGCAGUAUAUGUAACGUUGGUGCCCAGAGUGAGGCAGUUGGAAGCGUUAACUGUGGAUUAUAUUUCAUCAUGUCUGUUUGAAUGAUCACCAGUUUGGAAACUGUUGAUUAUUGUAAAUGCAUUAACAAAAUCUUUGACACUCAGCGCAGCCAAACAGCUCAGUGAUUAGAUUGACCAGUGGCACCAUGUAGUGUCCUCCAUAGAUACACCUUUAUUUUCCACCACCAGCACACUGUUGUAUGUCUGUAUGUAGAGGCAACAUAUGUACCACGAUACGAGAAUAUUCCUGGCUUUGAGGGGGAAAGAAUCCCUCACAGCAUUGUCGAGAUCAUCAGAAAUAUUUGUAAAUAUUGGCUUUUAAAAUGUCCUCUCCUUGUAAUGCUGCACCACAUUAUUCUGUAAAAUGUGUAUUUAAUUUUUUUUUUUUAUCAUUCAGGACCACAAAUUAUCGUCCCCAGCAUUUUGCCAUAGCUGUAGUCUUAGAGGAAGUGGGUUCUCAGGGAACUGUGUUGGAGCGGACACCAGCGCAGCACCUCCAUCACCACCAUGACUUAGGCAGCACUGUCCAUCUACUGUUGAAUAGGUACUGGAUCAGCUGUGGGUGGAAUGACUGGCAGAUGCAGAUUAUUGUCAGUAGUUGUGAUGAAGAGUCAGGUUCAGGCUCACCAUCUGGUUUAGAAAAAGAUUGAAAGGGUACAUUCAAACAAAAUCACAAAAACAACAUGUUUUAACUGACCUGUAGUAGCAUCUAGUAAUGUUGAUAGUUUUGGUUAUAUUUUCCUCUUAGUUUUUCUGAUAUCCGUCUGUGAGAUUUCAACAGCACUUUGUCUUUCCAGAAAGAGUUUGUCUGCUACUCUAGAUCGAUUUUCACAUUUCAAGUUAUUUGUGGCUGGCAAGCUAAUCAGUGUUAUGCUAGCUAGGUGGUAACAUGCUAGCAUGUGCCAGCCACAACAGCCAAGUAAGCUAGCUAGUAAUCCAAUCAUCAUUAAAUGAUAAAUGACUUAAAGGUGGGGCAUGUAUUCUAAUCCAAUACACGUCUUUUUGUCAAAUUCAGCGAACAUCUCCUCACGGCCCGCUAGCUGUCCAUUCAGUGUGUGCGCUGGUUGUACACAGCCCUGGCUCUGUGAAUGGGAAACAAACCACACAGCACUAUUGCAGCCAUGAUUUGUGCGUCAGGUGACGUUAAAUGACUUGCCCACGGACAUUCAGCUGACUUUCUAGUUUGCCAAGAUGUGCUGCUGUUGUGAUGUGAGCUAUAGUAGCAGCAGAGUUGUGAGUAUCGCUGUCUGGAGCUGCUGUGCUGGCUCUGGGAAACGUCUCGUCCUCUCUGGCUGUUAGCUUCACAGCAGCUACUGUAGUGACAGUUUAACCCCCGACCUAGCUAACGUUAGUUCCAGUACUUGCUGUGUCGUUGUUCGCUCUGUAUCAUGGUAUCUGUCAUGAUAUUGGAUUUCUCCAGAAUCUCAUAUCCCACCUUUAAAUGAUCAAUCAAAAUAUUUAGCUAUUUAUUUGCUGUCAAUCAACUAUUCGACUAAUUGUUUCAGCACUAGUGGAUUAACUUUUCCUUCACGAGCACAUCCACUGAUGGUGGCGAUUCUGUUAAAACGAAUUGAUGAAUUGAAAUUAGCUGUUAAAAAUGUCGGUGUGACUGUCCCUAACAGGGCCACUGUUUCUGGUAAGAGAUUUUGCAGUUGAAUUUUUUUGAAUGCAAUUUGUUCGUGCUGUGAGCGCCACAAAUUAAAUUUCAACUCACCUCCAUUGUAUUAGGGUGGAGGCUGAGAUCCAGAUCUCAAAACCUGGUCAGGUGAAACCAAAAUUAACUGCAUGGCUAACACUACUAGGGGAAUGUGGCAAAAUGUCUUUUUUGUAAUUUGGAUGGUCCCUUUAUGUACGUUGAGUCCAAUCUUUGAUCAGUACCAGUUGAUAGGACAGAGAUAAUAAUCUGUGAGGAUAUUGUCUCUCUGUACAUACAGAAUCUAACUGUUGCACGCCUGUAAGUAAAUGUUUCAACAAAAAAACAUAAAAUCAUUGUCUUUGAUCUGCUCUUACCCCCCCCCCCCGACUCUGUACUGUAGUCCAUUAACUGAUAUUUGUGUUUUGCCUCUUGGCUUGAGCCAUUUGAACUGAUGGUGUUCUGCUUUCUAUUGACCGUGUUCUUGUUUUGUUUUUAAAGAUGUCUUCAUGAAUGUAUUUUAUAUCUGUACUUUUUAAGGUACUGUCCCAGCUCAUUAUGCUACUAUCACCACCUGUGAAGUUAAUGCACACUCUCUGGUUUUGCCCUUGCCAUAAGGAAUCUGUAACCCAUUCAAGACCGGCUUCUGCAGACAAAUCUUAGGGUUACAACCCAAGCCCAGUUUACUGACCCAGAGCAGCAAACUCUUCUUUCUUCCCCAGAUCAGUAAACUGUCUGUACUGACAUUUAAGGUUUCCUCAUGACUUUAGCUUGAUUUCACGCAGCUCCUCCCUGUUCAUCACGUGCUUUGUUCUGUUUUUUUUUUUGGCCUUAAGAACAGAUUUUCUGGCAUUAAUGCUGUUUUUUGCUCUGUGGAGUUUCUGUUUUCUGAUUUUCUGUUUUGCCACAUAAUGCCUUAUUAGAACACAUUGGGUUUCUAUGUAAUUUACUGUUUGUAUGAUAGAACACGAGUGCACACGCAUGCAUACACACACGCACACUCGACCCGUACACAAGGCUAAGGAGGCUGAAGAGGAGGUUACUGUUUGGGCAUUUGGGUAGUUUUGUCAGAUCACUGCUCCUUUCUGCGUCGGCUGCUGUAAGCCAGCCACUUAGUCCCUUUUUAGUCAGGUUUUACACAUGUACAAAGUAUAGUUAUUGGUUAUUAUGUGACCUUUUGCUCCCCACUUGUCUUAAUGUCGACUCUUGUCAGUUAGUUUGCUUCAAAAUGUCGUUGGGCACAGAGUUUGAUCAUGUUGGACUUGGCCAUGUUUGAAGAUGUUCAUUUCUUGCUUGCUUAUCAGAGGUUGCAAGAACAAUGAGAUGUUUGGAGAAACAGUGUGAGGUGUUUUGAAAACCACUUAUACUGAAAUAAACUUACUGAAAAUCUAA